GUUCGUCAUCUAUCCACACGAUUUCUGCAGCGUGUGCUCGCGCCUCCCUGUGUACCAUGGAAGCAGCGACGGCCAUGAACAUGCUGGUUCGAACUUCUCCUGCGAGAGCUGAUGGAGGCCUUCUGGACCAUCGAACCACGACGUUUGGCACCCCUCUGAGGGUGCCAAGCUCAUGGUGCUCUUCCCAGGGAACCCAGCAUCAUAAGCAGCAGCUUCUCGUCGUGAAGGCCAAAGGCAAGAAGAACAUCAUCCCUCGACAGUACCAGCGGUCUCAACCUCCUCCGCUCCCCAAAAUCGAAGACGAUGGCAACCCAAAAUUCGUCAUCUUCAUCCGAGCUGCUAACGUUUAUCUUUGGUACCCACUAAGCAUUGUCACAGGUGGUACGACAGCUAAGAUAAUGGUUGCUGCCAAAGACAAUUUCCUUGGGAAGUACAUUUAUAAGGAUACCUUGGCAAGAAACCUGGCUGCUGUAAUUUACAGAGAUGAGAAAGAGAUUCAAAAGUCAGCAUUUAAACAAUACCGUGUAUUAAGAACAUCUACUCAGUUUAGAUACGGCUACAAGCUUGUUGAAAAUAGCAACUUACGAGCUGCACUUGCUACAUCUGAUGUUAUUGAGCUGCCGACACAAGAAGAGCUAAAAACAGUCCUUGACAAAGUAAAAGACUUCUUCGGUAAUGCUGCAGACAAUGCAAAAGAGUCUUUUGGGAAGAUCAGUUCUCUUAGUUUAAACAACAAUGAAGAUUCUGAAGUUCAGCAAGAGAUCAAGAGCUGAAGUUCAACUUAUGCAUCUGGAAGGUGGACAUUGCUGCAGCAGUUUUAGAACUUCAUUGGAAAGCACAGCAGAUUGACAGUGCAUCCACUUAGAUUCUAGGCUUGUACUUCGUGGAAGAAGUGUGAUGCUUUUGUACGUGCCGUUUUUCACGAUGUACAUUUUUUCCUGGAUUGAUCUUUAAGCGACGAAGAAUGAUGUGCCGUCAGACCCUUAUAUUUUGUCAAAUGAGAAGGAUAAUUUUUCAUGCUCAA